AUGCUAAGAGGCCGCUUAUCAAGUUCACAGGGCUCUAGACCAGCCAAGAUAGAGAGCAAAAAAGCACCGCUACGCCAACAAUCUAUUGCAUCAUUCUUCAGUAAAAAGUCUAUAUCGUCAUCAUCAUCGUCAUCGGUAACAUCGCAUACCGUCGUAGCCGCAUCUCAACCAAGUAAAAGUGUCUCUCAAAAUAGAUCACCUUCCAUCACAAAUAGAAAAUUGGUCACAUCUACGUCCAAAACGCUAAGAGAACCGACUCAAGAAAUUAUCAAUAUAGAUGAAGAAAAAGAAUCGAAACCUCCCAUUCAUAGAGCUAAAUUGAACAGAUCAAAAAUCAAUCCGUCCUUAUCGUCAUCCCUGUUCUCUUCACAAGGUUCCUUUGAUGAAUGUGAUCCGGUUGCUGAGUUACAUAGGUUGAAGACAGUUGAACAUUUGAAUAGUUACAAACCUACUUUGUCUCGAGCACCCAGUUUUAGAAGAUCAAAUAGUAAGACCGAGGUGGUAGAAGUAGAACUGGAUACUAAUGGAAUCACUACAUUCCAGGAAGUAACAAAUAUCUCUAGUGGAUCUCGUCAAUUGUCAUUCACUAGUACACAAUUAGACUUUCAUAAACACGAAUCUGAUUCAUUCUCCUCAUCAUUUCAAGGAUCUCCUAGAAAGAGAGUCAAUAUGUCAUCAUUCCAUUCCGAUUUAAGAUUAGCUUCAUCAAAGAAAUUAAAGCCUCUGAGUGGCCGUGGUGGUUCGUCAUCUUCCAAGAAGCAUAAGUCAACACCAUUAAAACUUACAAAAGAACAAGAUAUGGUUAUUGACUUAGUUGUGAACAAGAAGGCUAACAUCUUCUACACAGGUUCUGCGGGUACAGGUAAGUCUGUUAUCCUAAACAACAUUGUGACUAAACUAGGUGCCAUUUAUGGCCGUGAUGCAAUUGCCGUGACUGCAUCUACAGGUCUAGCAGCCUCCACUGUCGGAGGUGUUACGCUACAUAAAUGGGCCGGAGUUGGUAUUGCUCAAGCACCUGUUCAGACUCUUGUCAAUAGAGUCAUGAAACGUAGAGAUAUUUUGAACAUUUACAAGAAUACAAAAGUCUUGAUUAUUGAUGAAGUCUCCAUGAUUGAUGGUACAUUUUUAAAUAAAAUUGAAUAUAUUGCUCGUUCCGUAAGGAAAAGUGAUAGACCGUUUGGUGGGAUCCAAGUUGUAUUAACAGGAGAUUUCUUUCAAUUGCCUCCUGUUCAAAAACGAGACAACGCUAAUGGCAACAAUGAAAAGAGUAUAUUUUGUUUUGAGAGUGAGAUGUGGCAACGUUGUAUCCAUAAGACAAUCUUAUUGACCAAAGUGUUUAGACAACAGGAUGACGAAUUGGUGAAAAUAUUGAACUGUGUUAGAUUUGGUGAUAUUGAGCAACAGAUGGCACGUACUUUACAAAAUUUGUCAAGAAAUAUCGAGUAUGACGAUGGUAUUUUCCCAACUGAGCUUUAUUCAACAAGAAGAGAAGUUGAAUUAUCCAAUUCAAGACAAUUAGGGUCAUUACCUGGAGACGAACAUCGCUACGAAGCACAGGAUAUUGCCACCCCAGAGCAACGUAAAUUAUUAGACUCAUCAGUCAUGGCAGAACGUUUAUUAGUAUUAAAAGAAAAUGCUCAAGUGAUGAUGCUAAAAAACAAACCAGAAGUUGAUUUAGUGAAUGGCACUCUUGGGAAAGUAUUAUUUUUUACAACUACGAAAUUGAUGCUAAAGAUGAAUCAAAUGUACAGAGUAAUCGAUGAUGAUACUAUCAUCGAUAUGAGAUUAGUUUCUGAAGUAAUCGGUAAACCUAUAAAACGUAACUCUGAUGAUUUUAUCAGAGAGGUCCAAGCAAGACCAAUGUCUCGUGCUAAUAAUCUAGGUGAAUUACUUAACAUUGCUAUACAAGAGAGAGAUCAAAAAAGUAUAUACCCAUAUAUUAGAUGGUCCAUCGGAAAAAGUAAAUUCUAUAAUGAGUUAGUCAUUCCCGAUAAAUUCCCUGUAGAUUUACCAGGUGACAAGACAGGGAUCGAGAGAACACAAUUACCGAUCAUGCUAUGCUGGGCUUUAUCUAUCCAUAAGGCGCAAGGACAGACCAUACAAAGACUCAAAGUGGACUUGAAGAAUAUCUUUGAGGCUGGACAAGUGUAUGUGGCGUUAUCAAGAGCUGUAUCAAUGGAUAACUUGCAAGUGCUAAACUUUAACGCUAAGAAGAUUCGUUCAAACGAGAAAGUCAAGGAAUUCUACACUACUUUGGAGACCAUCAAGUAG